UGCAAAAAACUGAGGAAAUGGAUAUGUACAUGGUGGAUAUGGCUGUUCCAAAUGAAGGGUGGUCAGAUGAAAGCAAACUAUGGUUUAAUAAAUUAAAUGAACUCACCAAAUCUGGAGAGUGGAAGAAAAUGAAAAGCUUUGUUCAUGGCAAAUACAGUAAAGCACUUUUUACAAGAUCAGUCAGUGUUGGACAUCCGGGCAAAUUUUUUGAAUACGCAUUUUUUUGCAAUAAAGAAGAGAGUAUGCUGCGAGGAGUAUGUCAGUUUGGAUCACGGACAGAGGGACCACCUAGUCAUGCACAUGGUGGUGCAGUAGCAAGUAUUAUUGAUGCAGCAUCUGGUGUAUUAUGUCACUACGUUUCCCGUGUACCAAGAGUUACUGCCAAUAUGAAUAUUAAUUAUAGAAGACCAACACCAUUAUGUGAGACAAUACUCACUGAAGCACAUGUUGAUAAGACUGAAGGAAGGAAGUCAUUUAUUAGCUGCAAACUAACAAGUCCUGAUGGGAAAACAAUUUAUGCUGAAGGAACAGUUUUAUUUAUUCAGAUUGAUGUGUCAAAUAUCCCACAAUUGAAUCAAGAGUAAAUUUGUGAUGUUUCUUGAAAUAUAAAGACAAACAUGUGAACAUCUUAGGUUUAAGGCAGUUUGUGCGAAAUUCAGUUUUGAAGAUCCAGAAAAAUAUGUUUAAUGUUUAUUUGACAAAUUUUAUUAUAUUUAUUUUAAUAUGAACAUUUAUCUUAACAAUUAUAAAAAGUACCUAACUGUGCAUGUAUUAUCUUUCAAGUUGUUAUUGUUUUACUAAUUUUAACUUUUAGCAUUGACUUGUAUGUGGGGUUCUGUUAUUAUUACAUAUGUUCCACAUUUGAUUAUUCCAUAUUAAAGAAUGAACGUGCAACAAACCGGGAUGGAAUUUAGAUCGAGGAACCUCAUUGCCCAUUAAUAUGUUCCAAGAUAGUGUGAAAAUAAAAUAAUCAGAUGUCUAGUCUGAA